AUGAAUAGGACAAAGGAUGAUGAAUUUCUAAAUAGAUUAUGUGGCGAAGAUGAAGAGGGAAAUGAUAACAACAUAAAUGAUCAUGAUCUGCAUGAAGAGGAUGCUAAUGUAACUCAACAACAUUCCAUUUUUAAUGAGUUAGUUCCAUGGAAAAAGCAGAUCCCAAUACUUGGUAUGAGGUUCAAAGAUCCAUCUCAAUUAAAAUCGAUGUUAUGCAACUAUGUUGUUAUGAAUGGGUACCAACUUUGCUUUGAGAAAAAUGAUAGGAAAAGAUUGUUGGUUAAGUGUUGUAAGGGUGAGUGCUCAAUUAGGUUAUGGGCAUCUUGGAUGAGUGAUGAAGCAAGCUUCCAAAUUAAGUCUUUAAAGUCAGUCCACAAAUGUGCAAGGAACUACAAGUUAGGGUCCAUGGUCACUUAUGCUUGGAUAGGGAGUCAUUAUACAAGAGAGUUCUUACUUAGACAAAAGAUGGGUGUUAGAAAGCUAAGAACAGCUGUGUCACAGAAGUUUGGCAUUCAUGUUAGUGUUGGUCAAUGCAGGAGAGCUAAGAAAUAUGCACUCCAACUAAUAGAUGGCACCCUAGUUGAACAUUAUGCAAAGUUAUGGUCGUAUGCAGAAGAGAUUAGGAGAUCAAAUCUAGGUAGCACUGUGAAGCUUGAUGUAAAUCAUAUGCCAAAUAGGAAAAACUACUUUAUUAAGUUCUAUGUUUGCUUUGAUGCAUUGAAGAAGGGGUGGAAGGAGGGAUGCAGGACGAUAAUAGGUUUAGAUGGUUGUUUCCUUAAAGGGAUCUGUAAAAGGGAGUUAUUAUGUGUUGUUGGAAGGGAUGCAAACAAUGGGAUUUAUCCUAUUGCAUGGGCAGUAGUAUGUGUGGAGAAUAAGGAAAAUUGGAGGUGGUUUUUGGAUUUACUCAUUGAUGAUUUAGGACUUAAUUUGGGCUAUGGAUACAAUGUAAUAUCUGAUCAACACAAGGGUAUGAUUGAGGUUGUGAAAGAACUCCUUCCUUAUGUAGAGCAUAGGCAGUGUGCCAAGCAUAUUAGCCAAAACCUUAGGAAAAGGUAUAUUGGUGCCCAAUAUGAAAGCAUUUUCUGGAAGGCGUGUAAAGCAACAACAGAGGUAGAUUUUAAGGUUGCCAUGAAAGAGCUUGAAGUGCUAGACCCAAGUGCUCAUCAGUAUCUGAUGGAUAAAGACCCCAAAACAUGGUCAAGGGCCUACUUCCAACCAGGAAGAUGUUGUGAUGCUGUGGAGAAUGGAAUGUCAGAAAGUUUUAAUGAUGUGAUUGUUGAUGCUAGGAAGAAACCAAUUAUCACCAUGCUAGAGGAGUUGAGUAUGUAUAUGAUGGAGAGGGUGUUCAAGAAGAAAUGCAAGGGUAUAGGAUGGGGCAACCAAAUUUGUCCAACAAUUAGAGAAAUAAUGAAUGACAUUAAGAAGGGUCUAAGACAUUACCAAGUCUUACCUAGUGGACUAAAUCAGUUUGAAGUAAGAGGAACUACAGAUGCUUAUGAAGUGGAUCUGGAAGAAAGAACUUGCUCAUGCAGGCUAUGGCAGCUUAAUGGAAUCGGUUGUGUCCAUUCUGUUGCAGCUACUAGUUUUAUGAAUAGGGAUGUAGAGUCAUAUGUGGAAAAAAAUGUUUAG